GGAGGGGCCGCAACCGCUAAGACCCUCAAACUGGGGGUCGGGCCCCCGCUGGGCCUCGCUUGGACUCAGGCGGCUCCCCAGCGGGUGGAAUGGUCGGGGAGCCCAGGGCAGCCCCCGCGAGCUGCCUGGGCCGGAUUGUGGGGUCCCCUGCCCUCUCCCGAGCCCCCAGGGGGUGGGGACACUAUUUCUGUCAGCGCUCUCGCCAGCCUGGGACCAGGGCGGCGUCGUUUGUGUGCCGCGUUGUGCCAGAUAAACGCACGUCCUGGUUUUAAUUCUCCCCUCACCCCCUCGGGUUCUUACGUGGGUAAGUGCUUGUGAAUUAGUGUGGCGACUUUCCUCUGGAAGAGGGAGAUUAAUUGCUUUUGUUAAUUUUAGAGCACAGAGCCCACUGGGUAUAGACGACCUACCUGUUGAGUACAGCUUUGUCCUUAGCGAGCGACCAUUUGAAAGUGGGCGGUCAUGGGGGGCUGGGACCCAGCUACUUUCUCUUCCCCUCUUGGUACGUUUUACUCAUUCUUCAGGUUUCUUGUUUGUUUGCUGUUUUUAAGGGAGAAAGAAUUUCUAAUGAGCUAAUUCUGAAUCAUUUGAAAUUCAAUAUAUGUGCGUGUGAAGGUUAUUCCAUGGACCAUUACCUAAAACGGUGGAAAACUUGCAUCUUUAAUGUGGAUUUUUUUUGUUGUUGUUGUUAACAUAUGUAAAGGUUUUCCAUUUGUAGCUUAAAGGAAAUCUCAAAUCUCUGAACCAUACUCGUUACCUUCUUUUUGGCUUAUUCUUAACAAUAAUUUGCUCUUAAUUUUGUUAUGAUUAUGAGUAAUUGAUCAUAUUUUUACAUUUUAUGUUUUCUAAAUAUCCAGCUCUGCCCAGCCAAUUUUGAAAAACCCGUUCAGAACAAGAUUCAUGCCGUUCCGACUCAUCUCUUUGUAAAAAUUAUAAGACCUAAUUAUGAGUGAUCAAAUCAAAUUCAUUGUGGACAAGCUCAAUAAGGAUCCUUUUAGGAAGAACUAUAAUUUAAUCACAUUUGAUUCCCUGGAGCCAAUGCAACUAUUACAAGUUCUCAGUGAUGUUCUGGCUGAGAUUGACCCAAAGCAAGUUGUUGAUAUCAGAGAGGAGAUGCCAGAGCAGACAGCCAAACGGAUGUUAAGCCUUCUUGGUAUCCUUAAAUACAAACCUCCUGGAAAUGCUACAGACAUGAGUACCUUUCGUCAGGGUCUGGUGAUUGGAAGUAAACCUGUAAUUUACCCAGUGCUUCACUGGCUUCUUCAGAGGACUAAUGAACUGAAGAAAAGAGCGUAUUUAGCUCGUUUUUUAAUAAAACUUGAAGUACCAAGUGAGUUUCUUCAGGAUGAAACUGUGGCUGACACCAAUAAGCAGUAUGAAGAAUUGAUGGAAGCCUUUAAAACUUUGCAUAAAGAAUGUGAACAACUUAAGACAUCUGGAUUUUCUACAGCAGAAAUAAGAAGGGAUAUCAGUGCAAUGGAGGAAGAAAAGGAUCAGCUCAUUAAGAGAGUUGAACGUUUGAAGAAAAGGGUGGAGACGGUUCAGAAUCAUCAACGAAUGCUAAAAAUAGCAAGGCAACUUCGAGUUGAAAAAGAGAGAGAAGAAUUUCUUGCACACCAGAAGCAGGAACAAAAGAAUCAGCUAUUUCAUGCAGUACAGCGACUGCAAAGAGUACAAAACCAGCUGAAAAGUAUGCACAAUGCAGCAGCAGAUGCAAAGCCUGAAAGCUUAAUGAAGAGGCUAGAGGAGGAGAUAAAGUUUAAUUCAUACAUGGUAACUGAAAAAUUUCCUAAAGAAUUAGAGAACAAGAAAAAAGAAUUGCAUUUUUUACAAAAAGUGGUUUCAGAGCCAGCUAUGGGCCAUUCUGAUCUUCUUGAACUUGAAUCUAAGAUAAAUGAAAUAAACACAGAAAUCAAUCAGCUGAUUGAAAAGAAAAUGAUGAGAAAUGAGCCAAUUGAAGGCAAACUCUCACUGUAUCGGCAACAGGCAUCCAUCAUUUCUCGUAAAAAAGAAGCCAAAGCUGAGGAACUUCAGGAGGCAAAGGAGAAAUUAGCCAGCCUAGAGAGAGAGGUGUCCGUAAAGACAAAUCAGACCCGGGAGUUUGAUGGCGCAGAAGUUUUGAAGGGAGAUGAGUUCAAACGAUAUGUCAGUAAACUUCGAAGCAAGAGUACAGUUUUCAAAAAGAAGCAUCAGAUAAUAGCUGAAUUUAAAGCGGAAUUCGGUCUCUUACAGAGGACAGAAGAACUUCUUAAGCAACGUCAGGAAAACAUUCAGCACCAACUGCAAAGCAUUGAGGAGAAGAAGGGUAUAUCUGGGUAUAGUUACACCCAAGAAGAGCUAGAAAGAGUGUCUGCACUGAAGAGUGAAGUGGAUGAGAUAAAAGGACGGACACUGGAUGACAUGUCUGAGAUGGUGAAAAAGCUGAAUUCACUGGUGUCUGAAAAGAAGUCAGCUCUAGCCCCAGUUAUAAAAGAACUACGACAAUUGCGGCAGAAAUGUCAACACUGCCAUCACAAAAGAAAUAGGAGAACCAGUCCCUGAUCUCCGGAGUCCGUGCUCUAAUAGAUGAGAUGGAAUAAACACGUGAAGAAAGUAACGAAAAAAGGAAGAUAACCCAACUUAAGAACAAAUAUAGAAAAAAUAUAGUCAGAAUUGUAUGCAUAACUGAUCAGGAGAGGGGAAGCAGAUGAAAUGAUUGUCAGAAGUUUCAGAAAGGAGGAAACUUUUGAGCAAGGUUUUUAGACUGAGGACAUCAAGAAUUGUUUUCAUGGGUAUUCUAGGUCAUUGGUUUGUCUUCCUGAUUUUCUUGAGUAAGCCACCUGGAGGCAAAAAGGACCAGUUCUAUAUAUUUCUAGUGAUGGUAAAAUUUCUCCCUACUGCUAAGCUAAAAAAUCUGUGUAUGUAAAUACUUUUUUUAAAAAAUGAAAUCCAUUUAUAUUUUAAAUGUUUUCAUUUGUAAAAAAAAAUAUAUAUAUAUUAAAAGCUUUAAAAAAAAAUCUACCUGUAUUAUUUUAUGCUAUCCAGGUUGCAAGGAACAGACUCUCAGGCUAAUUCGAAUGUGGAGUUUUAUUGAAGGAUACUUAGGGCAAUAAAAGAAAUGUAGUAUCAUGAAAAUCCAAGGGUGAGAACCUUGGUAUAAGUGGAACAGGUACAGGCACUAUAGAAAGCAUUUUGGUCCAGGGAAGUUUCAGGGAUCUCAGCAGCAGGAAGUUGUGGAUAAUGAUGAUGAUGAUUAUAAUAAUAAUAGUAUCUAUCGAGUGCUUUCUGUGUGCCAGGUGCUAUUACCUGUAUUGACUCAUGCAGGCCUCACUACAACCCAGCAAGGCAGGGACUCCCCUUUACACAAACGAGCAAAUAACGGCACAGAGAUGUAAGAGACUUUCCCAAGGUCACACAGUUGGUAAAUGGCAGACCCAAAUUCUUCAUACCACGCUAUGCCAGUAACAUGACUUGGUGAAUCUCUUUGUAUCUGCUUUUCACUCUGUUUCUGCCACUAGCCGGAAAUCCCUUUAUUUUCUCUACCUUAUAAUUUCUCCUUACCCUUUGGAUUGACAAACUCCUAACCUCAGCUUGCUGAUGGCCUCCCUCGUUGUCUGUAUCUCACACUGUGUGGCCUUUCUCUCUGCAUACUUUCCGUUGCAGUGUUGACUACUAAGUGCCCUAUUCUCUCUGCGUUUUCUAAUUCAAAUUCCUGAGAGCAAAUGUCUAGGGCAGCUGCUCUCUCUUGGAGCAGUUUUUCAUGCCAGUCUACCUCAUAGGCUACUGGACACCUCUGUUCAGAUGAGGGUCCAUCCCUAGUCUAAUAAGCUAUGC